UUUUUUUAAUAUUACAUGAUAUGGAUGAAGUGAUAGUGAUGAUAAAAGAUACUUUGAAAUUCUUCAUCUUCUUCUUCUGAACCCAAUAAAACUUGGCUCUUAACGAAUUUUCUUUGAAAUUCCAUCAAUCUACACAGAAAAAUCAAUAGAAAAAACUCAAAAGAAACGAGUUCCCUCUUCUUGAAAUGCUUCUCUUCAAUCAUAAUCUUAAUUAUUUUCUCACUCAUUUACCCAUAAAACCCACAAAUCUUUACUCUCAUUCUCUCAAAAUUUGAAGUCUUUCCCAUGGAACUUUCCAAGUGCUUCGUCUUUUUUCCCGACCCAUAACAAAACCCAGUUGCUCUUCUUCAGUCAACUGGUUGUUUUUGUUCUGUGUUCAUUAAAUUCCGCUAUGGAUUUUGAUGAUUUAAACCGCAAAGACUGCUGUUUGAUCGGUAACUAUAUAUUGGAGACCAGAAUCGGGUCGGGUUCGUUCGCCGUAGUGUGGAAGUCAAGGCAUAGGCACUUGGGUACGGUUGUUGCUAUUAAGGAGAUUCAUAGAAAGAAGUUUCUUCCCCAAGUUAGUGACAAUUUGCUCAGAGAGAUUUCUAUUCUCAGAACUAUCAAUCACCCCAAUAUCAUUCAUCUCUUUGAAGCCAUUCAAACUGAUGAUAGGAUUUAUCUUAUACUUGAGUAUUGUGCUGGUGGUGACCUCUGGGACUUUAUUAAUCGCCAUGGAAAAGUAUCCCAAGAAGUUUCUAGAAACUUAAUGAGACAAUUGGCUUCUGGCUUGAAAGUUCUCCAAGAGAAACAUGUCAUUCAUAGAGAUUUGAAGCCCCAGAACUUGCUGUUGUCUUCUAAAGAAGGGACUCCGCUGUUGAAGAUUGGAGAUUUUGGAUUUGCAAGGUCCUUAGCAAAUCAGACAUUGGCCGAUACACUUUGUGGUUCACCUUUGUAUAUGGCUCCGGAAAUUAUGAACAACAGAAAAUAUGAUGCCAAGGCUGAUUUAUGGAGUGUGGGAGCAAUUUUUUAUCAGCUAUUGACAGGGAAGCUUCCAUAUAGUGGCAAUCAUCCAGCUCAGCUCUUCCAGAAUAUCUCUGAAUCCACUGAGCUAAAAUUUCCUAAAGGUGCCUUGGAAGUGCUACAUCCUGACGCUGUGAAUCUUUGCAGAAGCCUUUUACGUCAAAAUCCAGUAGAACGGCUUUCAUUCACGGAGUUCUUUGAUCACAAAUACUUUCAGGAGCCAAGAUCAAAUCAAGCUGUUGAGACAACACCUGUUGUUCAGUCAUUGGAGGCAGAAAAGGUUGAGUCCCAUUUAGAACAACCUAUUGAGUCAUCAAACAGAGAUUCAGAAACCACUAGUUCAACAGUACGUAACAGAACAUCCAGAGGGAAGAACAUUGGCAGUUCGGUCAGGGAACAACUUAUUGAGCCAUCUAACAUAGCUGCAGAGAUCACUAGUUCAUCCGUACAUAGCAGCAUAUCCAAAGGGAAGAACAUUUGCAGUUUGGUGAGGGAACAACCUAUUGAGCCAAUUCUCAAUCUUGGACUAGAUGAGCUAAGAAAAUCUCUUGAUUGUAUUCAGCAUUCCCUGAAUCAGAUUGAAGUUUCUGAUUCAAUGGAUUCAAUUGAGAAAGAUUAUGUUCUCGUGAAUGCUCAUUGUCCUUCAAUGGAGGAGACCUCUUCGUAUUACCUUGAACCAUCAUUACAAGGUUCAUUGAGAGUUUCCCAUGCUUUUAAUAUCGAUCAGGAUAUGAUAGCCAAAACCCAGAAAAAGGACUUUGUUGCCAGUACAAGAGAUAUUGGAGAAAGCUCAAGGAGCCUAGAUCAGUUUUCAAUGGCACGUGCCGCAUCUAUGUUAAGAGAAGUACAAGGACUAUCUAUAUUGCAUCCUUCUACCAGGCUCCAGUUAUUUAAUCAGUAUCUCCAUGUUCUUUCAGAUUUGUCACAAGAAAAGUGUAAUGCAGGGAUGUUUUUGGAAUCAUUUUCAGUUGAACUGGUUGCUUUAGCUUUAUGGAAGGAAGCCGUUGAAAUUAGUGGUACUUGGCUGAGUUCUUCUGACAAACGCGAAUCUUCAAAAACUAGUUUGGGAAUAGAUUCUACAACUCCUCAGAAAGAUGCUGACUACGCUGCAAAUGAUGAAGGAAAUGUAGAUUUUAAUAGGCCGUCAUCUGUUUCUAAGUGGGCACAGCUAGGGUUUAUUGCUGCAGUGGACCGAACUGAGAAAUUAUCGCAAAAUAUCCAAGAGAUUGAUGGUGCAACUGUCAUACCUGAUGCUAUGGAAAUUAUAUUCCAAAAGGCAAUUGCCCUUGGAAAAAGCGGUGCUGUAGAUCAAUACAUGGAAAACAAGGACAAUGCUGCUGCAUCAUACUCCAAAGCCAUUCUUCUAUUUUCAUUCAUUUUGGGGGAAGCUGAAUCCCUUAACUCUCCAUUUUCGCUUACUUCACCCAAUAAGCAACGAAUUCAACAUUACAUUCAUUACCUGCAGACUCAAACUAACUUGUUAUUGCCGCAGCAAUUGCAAAAGCAAUUGGAAGGUGCUCCCUCGACAAGUAAAUGAAAGGGAAGUCCUUAACUGGGUAAACUGUACAGUUCUACAUAUUUACUUCUGUGACUCCAACUUUCUGUUGGGUUUGGAACUGUUUAGCUGAUCUCCUAUCAGCUUUGGUAAUUAUGUCAAUAUAUUUUCUUUUCCUUUAUCUAUUUUGGGGUUUUGUUUGCCCCUCUCUUUAAGAGGUUAGGUUCUCAAACAUGAGAGUAAAUAUUUAUACAAAAAAGAAAGAGAAAAAAAAAGUCAUAUGGAUACAAACAAUAGUAAGAGUGAGGGAUUUGAGUUCAGAGGGCUACUUUAAAUCGAAAGUCAAUUGAACCAACAUGAACUUUGUUGCUUUUAUCAGGUGGAGUUUUGUGCAUACAAUAGUUUAUUUUUUGUCUUAAGGAUUGUAAAUAUUGAAUCGAGCUUUGUAAAUAUGAUUACUUCUGCUGGUGAUUCUUUGAUGAUCAUUAUGCUCUAAUGUAAUUGUUUGAGAUUAUGUGGUUCC